AUGAUUUUAUUAUUAUUAUUUUUUUUAGUUAAAUCAGAAGUUGAAACACAAGGCAAUAUCGUGUUGUAUAGGAAGGAUGCCUAGUAUACCUACAUAGAUUUAGACACUUGCCCAAUCUUAUAUUAUAAGUAGCCUACAUAUUCUUCAGCAACUUUAUAAUUAACAUGGCCACAAUUCUGUUAAUCAAUAUAGGUAGCUGAUUUCCCUGAACCAACAACCUUGGAUGUUAUUUAAUAAAGUUCAGAAGCUCAGAAACUAUCUACUGAUACAAGAUAUGAGAAAUAUUACUGCACUGCAUUAAAAGAAUUAUCAGAUAUAGGUACAGAUGCCUGUUGUUGCAAACCUGAAAACAUAGAUACAGAGCUUUCUACUUAGGGAUUGACGGCCGUCAUCGUAGUUCCAAUAGUAUUUUUUAUUGGCGGAUUGAUUAUGGCAAAAUUGAAUUCUCAUAAUAGUCGAACAGCAUGGAUUCAUGAAUUUGAAUAAGCAUUAUCGAAGGCUUGA